AUGGAGAGAAGUAACUACAACCGUGGAAGUGGUGGUGCCGGCCGUGGCGGCUACGGAGGUGGUGAUCGUGGUGGUGGUCAUAAUCGUGGUGGCGGCUGCAGAGAUGGGAAUUACCCACACCCACAUUACCAGCAGCAGGAUCAGCAUCAAGGUGGUGGUGAUCGUGGUGGUGGUCGCCGUCGUGGUGGUGGCGGUCACGUUGGGAACUACCCAAAUCAACAGUACCAGCAGCAGGAUCAGUAUCAAGGUGGUGCUGAUCGUGGUGGUAGAAGAGGGAGGGGUACGGGUACGAGUCCCAUUCAGAACGGUGGGGACCAAUGGGUUAUUCGUCCGGGUCAGACCGGUAAGGGUGGUGGUGAGGGUCGCAGACCACCGCAAGAGAUAGGUCACGGUGUGUGGCCCACGAGGGCGGAGCCAACUGAAGGGUGUGGAAGAGGUGGGUAUGGUGGAGCAGCUGGUAGAGGAAGGCGAUUCCGGCGGCGUCCCACUUCUGUGCCUGGUCAGCUUCAAUACCAGACUCAGGAUGAAAGGGUUCCUGAGCAAACUCUUCCUGUUAUAUCUCUUUGCUUUGAUCUUAGUUUGCAUCUUAUACUAAUAUACUAUGGGCAUCUUGAUUUUUCCAAAUUUUGGUUGGUUUCAACCUCUUCUGAUGACAUGAAAGCACUGAGGUGGCUGAUUGUUUCUUCAGAACAGAAGUCUCCGUCGACUAUUGUGGAAAGUACAGAGAGAGUCUUCCCCAUAAAACGGCCGGACAAAGGGGGCACGCUUGCUGUCAGGUCGGCAAGGCUUUUUGCCAACCAUUUUCCAGUCAGAUUCAAUCCAGAGAGCACCAUUUUGCACUAUGACGUUGAUAUUAAACCAGAUAUGUCUCUCAGCACUCACUCUUCAAGGAAAUCAAUUCCGAAAUCUGAUCUGCGUUUGAUCAGGGACAAGCUAUUCUCUGAUAAUCCCACUCGAUUUCCUUUGCAAAUGACUGCAUAUGAUGGUGAGAAGAACAUAUUCAGUGCAGUGUCGCUGCCCACUGGGCAUUUCAAGGUGGAGUUGUCUGAUGGUGAUGACAAGAAGAGCCGCUUGUAUACAUUUACUAUUAAGUUAGUAAAUGAGCUCAAGUUUUGCAAGCUAAAGGACUACUUGAGUGGAAAGCUGCCGUAUAUCCCUCGUGAUAUAUUACAAGGGAUGGAUUUGGUAAUGAAGGAGAAUCCUUCUAGGAAUAGGAUAUCUGUUGGUCGGAGCUUUUAUUCUAGAGAAUUCAUGGCGGAAGAUGACCUUUAUUGUGGCAUAGCAGCUUUUAGAGGCUUUCAACAGGGUCUAAAGGCCACCUCCCAGGGUCUAGCUCUGUGCUUGGACUAUUCAGUGUGGGCAUUUCGCAAGCGACUGUCAGUCAUAGACUUCCUUAAGGAGCAUGUUCGAGGUUUUCGAGAAGUAAACGAUGUCAAAAGGUUGAUAAGAGAAGUGACAAGUGCGUUAGAAGGAUUAAAAGUUACUGUAACUCACCGUGCCACCAAGCAGAAGUACACUAUCGAAGGGUUGACUAGUAAAAAUACGAGACAUACUACAUUCAUUCUUGAAGAUCGAGAGGGUAAGAAUUCACCAAGGGAAAUUGGCGUUGUCGAAUAUUUCAGGGAGAAAUAUAACAAGGAAAUUAUGUACAAGGAUAUCCCCUGUUUAGAUUUGGAGAGAAGUAAUAAGAAAAAUUAUGUGCCUAUGGAAUUCUGUAUUUUGGUAGAGGGGCAGAGAUACCCGAAGGAGCAACUGGAUAGAGACACGGGUCUGUUAUUGAAGAAGAUAUCACUGGCUCCGCCAAAGGAAAGAAAGAAAACUAUCUGUGAGAUGGUGCAAGCUGAGGAUGGACCUUGUGGAGAGGUCGCUCGAAAUUUUGAUAUCGCAGUUGAGAAGAACAUAACAAGAGUGUUAGGUCGUGUUAUCCAGCCACCCGAUUUGAAGGUACGUAGUCCGAGUGGGAAUAUGAAGAAGAUCAAAGUUGACAGGGAGAAGUGUCAGUGGAAUAUUGUUGGGAAAUAUGUGGUUGAAGGCAUACUGGUCGAGCGAUGGGCCUUAAUAGACUUUAGUUCAUUUGAUCGUUAUAAACUGAACUCUGGGAAUUUCAUUCAGAAUUUGAGAAAUAGAUGCAGAAAUCUAGGUGUCCGCAUGGAGGAGCCUGUUGUGUGCCGUUUCACUGGCAUGCAUGAAUUCUCUAGUCUCGGUGGGCUUCAAGAACUUUUUGAAGGUGUAGUUAAGGAGGCUAGUAGGAAAUGUAAGGGUGGUUUGCAAAUUGUAGUCUGUGUGAUGACUGCAAAGCAUCCCGGCUACAAGUAUCUUAAAUGGGUCUCUGAAAUCCAGGUUGGUGUAAUUACUCAAUGUUGCUUAGUAAGUUAUGCCAACAAAGGUAAUGACCAGUAUCUUGCAAACCUUGCUCUCAAGAUUAAUGCCAAGCUUGGGGGCAGCAAUGUAGAACUUAUCGAACGGCUCCCUCGAUUUGAGGGUGAAGAACCUGUUAUGUUUGUUGGGGCUGAUGUCAACCACCCCGCUGCACGGAAUUCAACAUGCCCGUCAAUAGCUGCAGUUGUUGCAACAAUGAAUUGGCCUGCUGCCAAUCGGUACGCUGCUCGGGUUUGCCCCCAAAACCACCGGAAGGAGAAGAUUCUUAAUUUUGGAACCAUGUGUUUGGAUCUAGUCAACACUUACGCUCAGCUUAACAAAGUGAAGCCAAAGAAAAUUGUGGUCUUCCGUGAUGGUGUAAGUGAAGGCCAAUUUGCUAUGGUUCUCAAUGAAGAGUUACUAAAUUUGAAGAUGGCCAUAUAUGAGGAACAUUAUCGCCCAACAAUCACUCUUGUUAUUGCUCGGAAGCGGCACCAGACCCGUUUGUUUCUUGAGAACGAGAGGGAAGGGGGUGGAUCUGGCAAUGUGCCUCCAGGAACAGUGGUGGAUACAACCAUUGUUCAUCCCUUCGAGUUUGAUUUUUAUCUUUGCAGCCACUAUGGAAGCCUUGGGACAAGCAAGCCUACACACUACUAUGUCCUCUGGGAUGAGCACAACUUUACGUCUGAUCAGUUACAGAGGCUGAUAUAUAACUUGUGCUUCACCUAUGCUCGAUGCACCAAACCUGUCUCGCUUGUUCCUCCAGUGUACUACGCUGACCUUGUCGCGUACAGGGGACGUAUAUUUCAAGAGGUGGUGAUGGAGUUCCAGUCUCCUUCAGUAUCUUCUUCAUCCUCUGGUACAUCGUCUUCUUCAUCUGCUGCUUCACUUAACGAGAGGUUCUAUAAACUGCACCCGGACCUCCAGAAUGUCAUGUUUUUCGUUUAA